AUGGAGAAGCACGAACACCUCCUUCCGGGAGGAUAUUCUCCUUCGGCUCGUUCUCGCAAAACCGAAGUCGAUGUACCUCAUUCCUCGCCAAAAGCGUCCUUACAACAUAAAGUCUGGGCCCUCCUCCUCAGCAUCUCUCUGGCGGCAUUCUUCGUCAGCGCGACAAAUGCCCUGAAAUUGAAAGACCCUCCGUCCAUCGAAGAAAGGGUGGAGAAGAUCUUAUCGGGGACUCCGUUGAUCGAUGGCCAUGAUGAUCUUCCCAUCUUCAUCAGAGCAACUUUCGGAAACCAUAUUUAUCAGGAGAACUUCACGGUCCCUUUCACGCAGGGAAAUUUCCCGGGGCAUGUUGAUAUUCUGCGAUUACAGGAGGGCCGCGUUGGCGGCACCUUCUGGAGCGUGUUCGUGCAGUGUCCCAAGAACUGGAGCGAUUUCUCGGACGAGAAUUACGCGUUGAGUGUACGUCAGACGAUCGAGCAGGUGGACGUGAUGUCGCGCCUUCAGCAGGCCUAUCCGGACACCUUCUCUGAGCCACCCAACGGCACUACGGCCUUGCAGGCCUUCCGGGAUGGAAAGAUCAUCUCGCCGAUGGGUAUCGAAGGAUUGCACUCGGUCGGAAACUCGCUGGCCUAUCUGCGUCACUUCUAUGACCGCGGCGUUUCCUACGCCACACUCACCCAUAACUGUCACAACCGCUAUGCCGACGCGGCGCUCGUCGAGCUUCCGGGUGGUGGGAUUAAAGUGGCGGAUCCUUUGUGGAACGGGGUUAGUGAUGCUGGCAAGAAGCUCAUUGGGGAGAUGAACCGUUUGGGUAUGAUCGUUGACCUGUCCCAUGUCAGCGCAAACACGAUGCGGGAUGUCCUGGGCGGCAAGGAUGGCUGGUCUGGCAGUGAGGCUCCGGUGAUUUUUAGUCACAGCUCUGCCUACGCUGUCUGUCCGCACCCGAGGAAUGUUCCGGAUGAUGUGUUGGACUUGGUUAAGGCCCGGGACUCGAUUGUCAUGGUCAACUUUUCUCCGGACUUCAUUUCCUGCACGGCUUCGAAGGAUCCGAACGGUCUCCCUGACUUCGAUCCUGAGCACGCGACACUGGAACACGUGGUGGACCACAUUGUCUACAUCGGUAACCAUAUCGGCUUUGAUUAUGUUGGGCUGGGCAGUGAUUUCGACGGCAUCCCGACCGUGCCACGGGGUCUUGAGGAUGUUUCCAAGUUCCCCGACUUGAUCGCCGAGCUUCUGCGACGCGGUGUCAGUGACGAAUAUGCUGCCAAAGUGGCCGGAGGUAAUCUGCUGCGAGUGUGGAAAGAGGUUGACCGAGUUGCGCAGAAGUUACAGGCAAAGGGAGUUCAUCCAGCGGAGGACGAUCUGCCACCUCUAUCCUAA